AUGUACAAACAGAAUUCGCUAGAAUCGAGAGAUAUAAAUUAUAUUUACGAGGAUUCAUGGGUAUGGGUUAAUUUGAAUUCUAUAAAAAAUAAAAAUGUAGGAUUAUAUAGAGAAAUAUUAGAAUACUAUAGAAAUAAGAGGAGAAUAUAUUUUUGCUUUUUUAAAGGAAGAGUAAAUAGGUUUGUUUCAAAUAAAGAAGUUGAAAUAUUUAUAUAUGUAGACGAUAAUUAUAAAACAUUAAAAAAUAAUAUAAAUUAUGAAAUAAUAGAAAAUGUCAAAUACCUAUUACCAAUUGAUACAAAUUUUGGAUGUAAAGACAAUACAGAAUUAAUAUAUUUAAACCCUCCAAAUGUAUUAGAAAAUAUUUAUCAAAGAUAUAAUAAUGCAUAUAUGAGUGAAGAAAAUAGAAAUUGUAUUUAUACAUAUAUAGGUUAUAUAUUAUUAUCAAUAAAUCCUUAUACCAAUUUUAAAAUUUAUGAUGAUAAUUAUAUGAACAAAGUAAGAAAUGAAAAUAAUUUAUUUUCUAUUCCCCACCCAUUCUCUAUUGCUAAUGAUGCCUAUAAUUGUUUAAUGAAAGAUCAAAUAAGUCAGUCUAUAAUUAUUAGUGGAGAAAGUGGAUCUGGUAAGACUGAAUCUUCAAAGCAGGUUCUGAAAUAUCUAACUUAUUUGAGUUCUUGUAAUAAAGAUGUAAGAAAAAAAAUAAUAAAUACAAAGCAACAAAAAUACUAUAAUAAUAAUGAAAAAACACGAUACAAUAAUGACGACCAGAUGGAAGAUAUAUAUGACAACAGUUUUAAUGAAUUUAAAAAUGAGAUAAAUAAAAACAGUUAUGCUAACAAAUUCGAUAAUAUAUCGAAUAACUAUAAGGAAAAUCAAAGCCAAAAAAAGAAUAUUAUGAGAGGAAAAAAUGAUUAUACAGAAAAUUCACAAUAUAUAUCAUCUUAUGAAGAAAAAAUACAAAAUAGUAAUCCAUUGUUAGAAUCAUUUGGAAAUGCUAAAACAAUAAAAAAUGAUAAUAGUAGUAGAUUUGGAAAACUUAUGAAACUAAAUUAUGAUGAAAAUGGGAUAUUAUGUUCAGCAUCUAUUGAAACAUAUUUACUUGCAAAAUCGCGAGUUGUUAAUGUUCCAUGUGGGGAAGGGAAUUACCACAUUUUUUAUGCCUUGUGUCAAAAUAAAAGUAUAGCUGAAAAGUUUAAUUUGCUACCUUGGUACAAGUAUAACUAUUUAAAGGAUAAAAAUAAACUUAGUGAUCAGGAGGGCGAUCAAAAUUAUUAUAAAAAAAAUUUCGAAGAAGAAGACGGAGAAGAAACUGAAGAUGAUUCAGAACAUAUUAAAAAUAUGAAAAAUGAAAAAAAUCAAAAAACACGAAAUAAAAGGAGAAAGACAGAAGAAAUGGAAAAAAAUAAAUAUGAGAAAAAUCGAAGAUAUAAUAUAGAAAAUAUAAACUAUGAUAUAGACGAAGAUUAUAAGAAAUGUCCAUAUGAUCUAAAUGUUAUUAUGAAAUGUUUUAGAACUAUUGGGGUUAUGGAAGAUGAACAAAACGAAAUUUAUAAAACACUAAUAUGUAUUUUAUUAUUAGGAAAUAUCGAUUUUAUUGAAGAGAAAAAUGAAGAAGGAGAAAAACCAUUAAAAAUAAAAAAUAUGAAUUUAUGUGAACAAUUGAAUAAACUUUUAGGAAUAGAUCAAGAUAUAUCAGGUAAUGAUACUCGAAAGAUCCUAGAAAUUUUAACUAUAAAAAAAGUUAGAGAAACUCAGAAAAAUUAUACAUACCAACAAGCUAUAUACAAUCGUGAUGUUAUAUCAAAAGCUUUAUAUCAGCUUUUGUUUGAAUAUGUAAUAUUGCGAGUUAAUGAUUCAUUGAAUGUUAAACAAAAUUUUGAUGAAUGGGAAGGUAACCACAAUGAAGAUCAAGAUUUAUUUAUAGAUAGUCAAGAAAGCGAAGAAAACGAAAAUGAAUGGAAUAUUAAAAAAAGAAAACACCAAAAAAUGUGUUUAGUAAAAAAAAAUAAUAUUAUAGAAAAUGAGAAUUAUAAUGAUGAUAUUGAAAAAAAUAAUAAUAAAUAUUUUAUAGGGAUAUUAGACAUUUAUGGAUUUGAGAAUUUUUCUUUAGAAGGGAUAAAUGGAUUUGAACAACUGUGUAUAAAUUAUGCUAACGAAAUAUUACAUUCAUUUUUUUUGAAACAAAUAAUAUAUAAUGAACAUAAAAUUCAUUAUGAAGAAAAUCUAUCCAUAGGAAAAGUUAAAUAUAGUGAUAAUAGUAAUGUUAUAUCAUUAAUAGGAGACAAUAAAAAUAUAAGUAUUUAUACAAUAUUAGAAGAUUUAGCAUUAUUAUUUACAUCUAAUAAGUCAGAUGAAGAAAAUAAUAAAAAUGUAUUUUUUGAAAAAUUAAAUAAGCAUGUUAUAAAUUCAUCUAAAUAUAAAUAUACAAUAAAAAAUUAUAAAGAUUCAAAAAAUUCUUUUAUAAUUUGUCAUUAUGCUGGAAAUGUUUUAUAUGAUUCUAAUGAUUUUUUUAAUAAAAAUGUAGAUAUACUUACUAAUGAUAUUGAAGAGUUUUUGUCUAGCUGUAACAGUUUUAUCAGUAUAAAUUUGUUGAAAAAAAAACGGUAUGAUCAGUUUAAUAAUAACAUAUGGAAUGAUGAAAAUGAUGAAGAAAACCAAAUUAAUAAUAUUUAUGAUAAUAAAAAUGAAGAAAAAUCAAAAAGACGAAAACUUUCUGUUAAAGAAAUUAUAUGUGGACAUGAAUCGGAACAAAAAUGGAAUUGUAGUGUGCAUAAUGAGAUGAACAAUUUAUAUAGAAAUAAAGUAAAAUCUAUUUUUUCUUCAUUUAAAAAACAAUUAGAAGUAUUAACUAACAAAUUAGAAUUAACCUGUUCUAAAUUUAUUAGGUGUAUAAAACCAAAUGAAGAAAAGGCAGCAAAAUAUUUUAACAAAAAUUUAGUACUUAAUCAGCUAGUUAUGAGUGGGAUGAUUGAUAUUCUUAAUUUAAUGAAAAAGGGUUAUCCAUGUCGAGUUUUAUAUGAUGAUAUUUGGAAAACUUAUAAUAAAAUAUUACUAGACGAUAUGAAAACAUUUCUAACCCCUAGAAUGUUUUGUGAACUUGUUUUAAAAUUUUUACAAAUAAAUUAUAAUGAAUAUACAUUUGGAAAAACCAAGAUAUUUUUUCGUUUUGGAGUUUUAUCUCUUAUAAAUGAAAUAUUAUUAAAUAAAAACGAAAAAAAAAAAAAAAAAUUUAUAGAAUGUGUUUACAAAUUUUGGCUAGCUAGAAGAAAACGACGAUUAUUAAAUUUUGUCUUAUUCGGAUGCCGAUUUAAAAUUUUAUUUAAAAAGCAAAGAUGGAAAAAGUUAAUGAAUAAUGGUUUACAAAUAUAUAAUAAUUAUCUUUUUAAAGAACAAAAAAAAAAUCUUAAAAAAAUUCUCAUAUAUUAUUUCAAUGUCUACAAACAAAGAGUAUAUUUUUUAGACUUAAAAAAAUCAACUAUUAUUAUACAAAAAAAUUAUAGAAAAUAUGUAUGUCGAAAAAAAUUUAUGUAUAUCAAAAGGAUGGUACGAUUUAUAGAAGAUUAUUAUAUAUUCAAAAAAUAUUAUCAAAAAAGAGUCAACGCUUCAAAUAUUAUAAGAAAGUAUUGGUUAGCUUAUAUAAUUAAAUCAGAUUAUAAAUAUGUAAUUAAUUCUGUAAUUAGAAUACAGCGAGCUUUUAAAAUAUAUAUGAAAAAGAAAUACAUAGAUUAUUGUUUAAAUGGGGACCAAGUAAAAAAGGAAGAACAAAAUAUUUAUUUCAAAAAAAAUAACGUACCUAUACAUAGUAAAAAACGUGAUCAAGCAGAUCGAAUCGGAUCCUUCAUAUAUAUUCAUCCAGAAAAAAAAAGAAGACAUUCAUUUUCGAUUGGUGAAAAUAAGAAAAAUUCCUUAAAAAGUCAUUACUUAUUCAAAAGAACUAAUACUUGGAGUAUAGGAGAUAAUGCAUCAAAAUAUGGCUACAAUUUUCCAGCAAAAACAACCUCUGAUCCUAAAAGGGUUUCCAUAGAAAAUGAUUUCCGAACAAACGAUAGUAUUUAUAAUAAAAAAGAUAAUGCUCAAAAUCAAGAAAAACAAAUAAAAGGAAGGAGAAGCUAUACAGCUAAUAUUCCAAUUAUGAAAGUUGGAAAUAUAUCAAAUAAUGAGAAAACAAAAACAGAUGAAGGUAAAAAAAAUAUUUUUAACAAAAAAACGGAUAGAAAGGUUUAUGGAAAAAGCAAAUAUAGAUCUAGUAGCUUAGCCACAUGUAAAAGUAUUGUUGAUACAAAUUUGAAGAAUAUUAUUUCGAAGAAAUCUGAUCGAUUAAAAUGCGCUAGUGCUGGAAAAUUAGAAAUGAAUAUAAAAUCAUAUAAUUACAAUAAUACGAAAGGGGUUUUUGUGUCUAGCUAUAAAGGUACUGAACAUAAUGUUUCUAGUCUUUUAAAAAACACAAUAUAUGAUAGAUAUAUUGAAAAAUAUAAACAAACUCAUACAAAUAAGCAAAAGGAAACGAAGAAAAAAUCUACAUACAUAAAAAAUAACUACAGCAACAUCAGUAACAUAUAUAGUAUCCGUAAGCCAACAAAAGAAGAGAACUUAAAGAGGCAAUAUAACUUCGACUUAACCGAUGCAGUAAGAAUUAAAAAAAGUAAAGAACUGAUUAUCCCAGAGGAUUUUUAUGUGUGUGAAUCAUAUAUCCCGAUUCCAAACAUAAUACAUGAAAAUAAUGAAAAUUAUUUGAUGUUCUGCAAAUAUUUAGACAGAAAUGUGAACUCAAGAAUUCCAGUGAUCCAUAUGAAUGUUUUUAAACGCUCGGAAAUUGAAAAAUAA